AUGGUCGCCCUGAACUUCCUUGCGCUCGUCGCCGUCUCCUGCUCGGCCUUCGUUGCCGCCCUUCCUACGGCCCAGCAAUUCGACUAUCCUUACGGCCAAGGCCGCGGCGAUGUGGCGGUGGUGGGCUCAACCCUCAAGCACGUCAACCGAACGCAUGACACCUUCAGCGUGCAAAUUGCCGUUCGCAACAAGGCGUUCGAGAAGCAAGUCGGCAUCAAGUGGACUCAAGAAGCGUGGUCCUCGAGCGAGGAGGUCCCAGCGCACUAUGUCGGAGGACUGGACAGCGGCUUCGAGUUGUGGGAAGUCACGGACGUCGGCCCUUUCGACUCGACCAAAUAUCCCAUGGAAUUCUGGGACCCAGCGUUCACCGCUUACGCCUCGUUCGCCAACGGACCCAGGGUCUGGGACCUGUACCCGAACUACAACGUCCUGAUCAAGGCCACCCAGGACAAUCCGAUGAUCAUACUCCCUGAGUACUCUUCUGGAUUGCACUACGAUAUAGGGCAAAAGAAGUACGUUUUGAGCGUCGCCCUUCGCACUCUCGCGUUCGACCUUAACGCGGACACUCAGCUCGACAAGCUCAAGGUGCGCUGGUCGAUUGACGACUGGAAGACGUACAAAGACACCCCCGCUGUCCGGUACGAUGCAAAUGGGCACACAUUCUGGGUUGAUGCUGUCGUUGGCGAUGCUUCGACAAAAUACCCAACGACACUUUCCUACGCGUUCCUCUACACGCACUCCAAAGGCACCUUCUGGGUGAACAACCUCGGCAAGAACUUCGAUACCGUCUUCCCCUCUGAGGUUCCUCACUGGCCGGGAGAGCAAUAG